AUGUGCCACAUUCAGGUCUCUUCACACUGCUUGUGUGUUUCAAUUUUUUGACAUAGGGUGCUGGCAGAUUACGGGCCUCCCAUAGCUGCUGCCAGGCCCCUAAUCUGCCAUGGGCCCCUAUAUACCGCCUCCUCAUGCUGCUGCCAAGUCCAGAGUCUCUCAUGGGUCCCUGUACGGCCUCCCAUUGCUGCUGUCUCCAUCGCCACACUCUGCCAUGUGCCACUUUCAGGUCUCCUCACACUCCUGCUGGUUUCCAUUUUGUCAUAGGUUGCUGUAUGGCCUCCCAUUGCUGCUGCCUCCACCGCCACACUGUGGCUCCAAACACUGGUUUUGGCCCCGUGACUGGCCAAAUGAGUGAAGUGUGCGGUGAUUCUAAGAUCGACGGCACUCAUCUGCAUGUCAUACUGAGUGACAGUAUUAUUUCUCUUCCCCAGCAGGCUCCAAGGGCAUUUAAAUUAAAGGUACAGUGUUCUGCACUAAUAUUA